AAGCGCUCAUUAAACGUCAUUUGAUGAGGACUUUGUUUUUACAACAUGGCUGCUGUAGUUCCCAAGCCGCCUCGUCCAAAGAAGGAGCCUCAACCUUUAGUUAUUCCUAAAAAUGCAGCUGAAGACCAGCGGCUGAAAUUAGACAGGCUGAUGAAAAACGUUGACAAACCAGUACCUAUUCCUGAUGGGCCAAAAGAAUGGGUGUUGAGACCUCCUCCAGAAUUUGUGAGAGAUGUUAUGGGUUCAAGUGCUGGUGCUGGAAGUGGAGAGUUUCAUGUCUAUCGACAUUUACGGAGAAGAGAGUACCAACGACAGGAGUACUUGGACAAGCUAACUGAGAAGAAAGCCCUUGAUGAAGACUUCCAAAAGAAACUUAAAGAAAAUAAGGUGAUGGCAGAACAGAGAACAGCAAAGCGAAGGAAGAAACGGCAGAAGAUGAAAGAAAAGAAACAAAUGACCAAAAAAGCUAAAGCAGAACAGAAGAGCAAAGAUGAAAAUUCUGAUGAGGCUUCAUCUGAGGAACCCAGUGAGGAGGAGCCUGAAGAUAACGAAAUAGAUGAUGUUGACUGUGGUGAACAUGAUGGUGGAGAUGAUGAUGCUGAGAGGCCUAGCUUUGUUAUGGGAGGAAGAUGAUGAAGCUGGAUACAUAUUGGAUGGACAGUUGUAUACAACUUUAGCUUUUGAAGCUUGAGUUUGAUCAUAAACAGUCAUUUGAAAUCUUUGAACUGAAGCUUGGAAGCAUUUUAAGCUUUAACUUCUGAUUAUUUGGAAAGAGAUGGAACACCAAGCCCAGGUCCAGGGAGAACUUUUUAAAUAGUCAUCCACACUGUUAUUUGUGCAGUCUGUUAUUUUAAAGUUAAGAUAUCUAUUAUAGAAGCCGUUUGCAUCUGCUGUUGAAUGAGAUGCUGUCUUUUUAAAACUGCUGCCGAGACUUGAUGCAAAUUCCAGUUUCUUUUGCUUUACAGAAUUUAAAAAAAAAUCCAGUUUUAUGA